AUGGUGGUCCAGAUCAAGGUCAACGAGCUGAGUAUUGGGGUAGCCGUGCUGUACAACCCGUCGUGUACAAAUCCAAACUUCAGCCAGCACUACGAGAAGGUCCUGCUCGACAUGCUGGAUUUUGGCUUCGACAGGACGUACAUAGUCGGAGACAUCAACAUCAAUGUGGCGGCAGGCUCGCCGUCAGUGAAUCUAACCGCCCUCCGCCGUAUUCACACUGCCUUCAAUCUCACAGUUCUCCACACCGGUCCUACUCGAAUCACCGAUACAUCGUCAACCACGAUUGACCUUUUGAUUACGGAUGGUCCCCAGCACAUCAAAAAGGCGAAAGCAACGUCGGUCAGCAAUAUCUCCGAUCACGAAGUCGUUUAUCUGGUUGCCGACAUUCGGGUGCACCACACGUGUCAACGGACGAUUCGUGCUCGAAAUUUUCGUAACAUCGACCAGCUGCAGCUGCAAGCGGACUUCCAGGCCAAGGAUCUUCGACGAUUUUUUGGGUCGGCGGCCAUAAACGAGAAGGCUACGGUGUUGAAUUCGGAGCUGACCUCCUUGCUGGACGCGCACGCUCCUGAGCGAACCGUCACCAUUCGAGACGAACGGACGCCGUGGAUCACCCAGCAGAUCAAAGAAGCCGUUGAGUUGAGAAAUCUGGCUCUCAAGCUCUACACACGCAACCCGAACAGAACAAGAGGCGACGUCCAGUGGCUUGAUUUCGAGCGCAAACGAGACCGCGCGAGCUCUUUAAUCUUCGCAGCCAAGACGCGAUAUGCAGAGCUCAACUUUUCGCACGAUCUCCCGGCAAAGAAACUGUGGUCGAAUCUGAAGCGAGAUGGUAUCCACAACUCAACAAAGCAGUGCUCAUCGUCAGCAGAUAUCAGCGCGGACGAGUUGAACAACUUCUUUUCGGACGGUCACCGUCGACUGGGGCCUGCUGCAACCCAACGAAACGCACCAAGAGCACAUAAUCACAGAACAGCGAUUGAUCACGGUGCAAAUGGGUUCAGUUUUCGCCAUACCAGCGUGGAGGAAAUCUGCAGGAAGAUCUUCGAGAUCGACACGAACGCAACCGGAACAGAUGGUAUCCCUAUCUCGUUCCUCAAGAUGCUGUGCCCGUUCAUUCUGCCAGUACUCUGCCAUCUGUUCAACGCCAUCAUCGACUCUCGGACUUUCCCUGCGCUGUGGAAAACGGCGAUCGUGACCCCCAUCCCGAAAACGUCCAACCCAGCUCUGCCAAAAGACUACCGCCCUAUCAGUGUUCUGCCUACCGUUUCCAAAGUGCUGGAAAAGAUCCUGCUCAACCAGGUCACCGAACACUUGGAUAACCCCAACAACCGCCUACUAGCGCGCAACCAAUCCGGCUACAGAAAAGGCUACGGAACAACAACUGCUUUGGCAAAGGUCACCCACGACAUAUACGGCAACCUGGACGCGGGUCGCUGCACGGUUAUGGUGCUGGUGGAUUUUUCGAUGGCCUUCAACUGCGUCGACCAUCACCUGCUGGCAGUCAAACUCAACCGAGAAUUUCAGUUCUCCGGGCCUGCUUGUGAGUUGGUUUCGUCGUUUCUGCGAGGAAGGAAGCAAUCGGUCCGACACGGCAGUGUGCUAUCUGCGGUGCGAGAGGUUACAGAUGGAACUCCCCAGGGGUCCUGUCUAAGCGCACUUCUCUUCAGCCUUUAUAUUAACAGUUUGCCAGCCUCCCUCAAAUGUAAGUACCAGCUCUACGCUGACGACUUGCAAAUCUACAUUUCGGGGGAAAUCGCCGAAGUCGACCGACUGAUCGCUGCGAUCAACGUGGAUUUGGCUACCAUUGCAAGUUGGGCUUCACGAAACCACUUGCACCCGAAUCCGAAAAAAACGCAAGCUAUUAUUUUUCGGCGAGCUGUUGAAGUGGUGCCCCGGACGAACAUCUUGUUCUGUGGGAAAGUGGUGCCGAUCGCAGACAAAGUCACCAACCUUGGGCUGGAAAUGGACAGUUGGAUGACCUGGGAGCAUCAGGUAAACAGCGUCGUGCAAAAAUCCUACAACACGCUGAGAACCUUCCGCCGUUUUGCUGGUGUGCUUUCGAGACCAACACGGCGCAAGCUGGUGCAGGCGGUAGUGGUGCCGAUUUUCACUUACUGUGACAUCGUGUACUAUCACGGACUGUCGGUAGCGCUCAAGAACCAACUGCACCGGUGCUACAAGUCCGCAGUACGCUUCGUGUACAACCUGCGACGCCGUGACACUACAGCAGCAGAUGUACGGCACACCAUCCUCGGACACGACUUGCCUGCGAACUACCACUUCCGGACCUGCUGCUUUAUGCGGCGGGGCUGUAACAACGAUCUGCCGGAGUACAUUCUGGAUCACCUUGUCCACGGCCAGCAGCAACGAACGCGAUCGCUGAUUGUACCGCAGCACACGACGUCAAACGUAUGGCUCGCGAUCCUAUCGCACCCGGAACGAUGCCUCCAAUCGUGUGCCAAUUUGCCCUCGUUUGCCGUCGUUUUCGUGAAGGGACCUGGUGCUGCUGAUGCCGUCGCGUGCCACACGCUGGACAAGCUGUUCCACCACGUCAAAUAA